AUGAAAUUUUUAGUUUAUCUGUUUAUUAGUCUAUAUUUUAUACAAUUUAAUCAUGGAGAAUUAUUUUAUAAUUGUCGAUUUCUUCAAACAUUUUAUCAAAGACAUUCAAAUAUAUUUCAACUUGAUAAUACACAAACAUCAUUAAUUGUUCAACCAUUAUAUGGAUUAUCUAAUCAAUCAUUUUCAUCACUUUCUAUUGGUAUUAUCUAUCGUCUAGCAGAUACUUAUCUAGUACCUGUACCUCUUCUUUUUCAAUGUUCACAAAGUAAACGUAUUUAUGCACCAAUUGAUUGUGAAUUUACCAUUGUCGAUAUUCGUUCAAAUAUAUCAAUUCGAACAAGUGAAUCAACACGUAUAAAAACUGUAUCACUUAAUUAUCAAGAAUAUAAUUCAUCAAUAUUUAUUCCAAUACGUGGUGCUUAUUUUAAACAAUCAAUUAUAUCUUUAAAAAAUUGUCGUUUAGAUAUAAAAGAAAAUCUUUUUAUAUCAGAAAUAUUUCAUAUUCAUAUUGAAUUUGAACAAAUAAUUAAUUCAUCAUGUCAAAAUAAAUGUAGACAUUCAAAAUUAUAUGAAUGUUCAUCAUUAACAAAUACUUGUCAAUGUCGUUCAUAUCAAAAUAAUUUAGAAAUAUAUGAAAAUAUUUGUAUUGAUACAGAACUUAGUUCAAAUUGUUCUUUAACACCAGAACGUUGUCGUCGUAUAUGUCGAAUUUCUGAUCAAAUUUAUACAGGUAAAAUUGAUUAUAAUUGUCAAUGUCCAUUAGGUAUACAACGUAGAUUUUUAAAUAAUAUGUUUUAUUGUGAAUUAUCUGAAUGUAUAAAUGAAAAAUCAAUUGAAACAUGUCCUAAUGGUUAUAUUUGUCAACAAAAACGAUGUAUACAAACAUCAAUUUUUAUCCGUUUAAAUCAAUCAUUUUUAUCAUUAUCAUUUAUAUUUAUUAGUUUACUUAUUGGUGCUUUAUUAAUUAUAAUUAUACUUAUUAUUGGUUUAAUAAAAAUGCGUUCAAUAAAAUGUAUUAAAUUUGUUCAUCCAUAUAUAUUAUCAAAUAAUACAUCAUCAUCAUCACCAAAUAAAAUCUGUGAACAAUAUACAAAAAUUGAUUUUUUUGAAAGAUGA